GAUUUCUGACCUUCAGUCGCCAACCAAGUUUUGUUUGAGUUAUACUUGCGGUGCCCAAAAAGGAUGACUAAAGAAAAAGGAGGCUUCCUAACUCCCAAAGCAAUAUCUAAUAGAAUCAAAGCCAAAGGGUUGCAAAAGCUACGAUGGUAUUGUCAGAUGUGUCAGAAACAGUGCAGAGAUGAGAAUGGAUAUAAGUGCCACACAAUGUCUGAGUCGCAUCACAGACAGAUGAAACUUUUUGCUGAGGACGGUGGAAAAUUCAUCAGUAGCUUCUCUUCUGAAUUCUUGAAGGGUUAUCUUGAUAUACUGCGUCGUCAAUUCGGCGGGAAACGCGUGCAUUCGAAUGUUGUUUAUCAAGAAUACAUCAAAGAAAAAGAGCACGUACACAUGAAUGCUACAAGGUGGCACACGCUUACGGGGCUAUGCAUGUGGCUUGGAAAACAAGGCAUCUGCAAGGUGGAUGAAACAGAAAAAGGGUGGUUCAUAGAAUAUAUCGAUCGCGAUCCAGAAAAAAUGAAAAAACAAGAGACAAGCGAGCGGUUAGAAAAAACAGAAGAUGAGAUAAACAGAAAAUUCUUAGAACGCCAAAUAGAACAAAAUCUGAACAGCAAAGUUGAACAAAUAGAGGGUCCCCUCUACACACCUCUAAUUCGCAUGAAUGAGGAUGAACCGAUUCGAUUGGGGAUAACUCUGUCUCAGAAAAAGCUGCCUGUCCAAGCGAAUGCUGAUGGUGAUUUGACUCCGGGGUCCUCAGAAGAUAAGCCUACUCAAAGUCUUAUGACGUUAGGCCCAAAGAAAGAAAAGCCUGUUAAUCCUCUUUUGCUUGCCGAGAAAAAGGCACGCGAAGAGAAAUCUAAAUCUUCCACUGACAAAAAGCAGGAUGCACGUACUACAACCGUUUCUGGAGUUCGUCGACGUGCUUUAGAUGAGCUGAUGGAGAAAGAAGAGGCUUUUAAAGAUAAGAGGAAUCGGAGGGACUACUGGAUGACAGAAGGAAUCGAGGUUAAGUUGAUCAACCGCAAACUACCUGAUGACCUUCGUUGGAGGCACGCUACAGUUAUGAAAAUGCUGGAUAAUUAUACGGCUAUUGUGAGGACACUAGAAUGCCACACAAAGAUCAAAGUUGAUCAAAAUCACGUACAAACAGUUACUCCAGAACUGUCAUCGACUGUCCUAGUUGUUAAUGGUGCAUACAGAGGCGAGUAUGCAACACUAGAGCAAGUUGAUAAAGAGAAGAACAUCUGUGAAAUAACCAUUAUGACUUGUUUUGGCUUAUUUUACUGGCAUUUUAAGUACCUGUCGAUUUCACUCACCUAAAGAGACAGGCAGGUCAACGUAAGACAUGAUACAGAGGUGCAUCGGUUUACCCAGUCGCAUUUGUCUUAUGAUGAUUUUGGAUGGACACUUGUUUUUUAUUGACGUACGGACUGUGUAUGGGUCGUCUUGUCAAGAACGUUUCUUUGGAUGACGUUUGCAAAUUAUCGGAAGCACGGCAAGAGCAGUAGAAUAAUUUUUCAGAUGUUUUUAACCACACAAGUUUGUUGUUCGUUGACACUGUACAGUACUUUCAAAUAAUACUCAGAUAUAUUUA